AUGACGCGAGCCAAGGUCCGACAGGGUGAUACAAUCUCACCCAAAAUAUUCACAGCCACCCUCGAGGACGCAAUGCGAAAGUUGGAAUGGAACGACAUGGGAGUGAAAGUUGAUGGUCGGCAGCUACACCAUUUGCGCUUUGCUGACGACAUUGUACUGAUAACACCUGACAUCAGCCAAGCGGAACGAAUGUUGACCGAAAUCGAUGAAACAUGUGGAUGCAUCGGUCUUCAGCUGAAUCUGCAAAAGACGAUAUUCAUGCGGAACGGAUGGAUCUCGGAUGCCCCAUUCACGUUCAACGGAACGAACAUAUCCGAAUGCAGCUAUGUUCAUCUGGGUCAGGAAUUGAACAUGAUGAAUGACCUGACCUCCUAG